AUGGCGACUUUGGGGGAUAUAGGUGUGUCUGCAGCGAUAAAUUUACUUACUGCUUUUGCAUUCUUGCUGGCUUUUGCUUUGCUCAGAAUUCAGCCCAUCAACGACAGAGUUUAUUUUCCCAAAUGGUACAUUGCUGGCAAGAGGACCAAUCCCAGGAGUGGUGGUGGUGUCGUUGGAAAAUUUGUCAAUCUCAAUUUCAAGACUUAUCUCACUUUUCUCAAUUGGAUGCCUCAGGCUUUAAAAAUGAGUGAGGAUGAGAUUAUUCGCCAUGCUGGGCUUGAUUCUGCUGUUUUCCUGCGGAUUUAUACUCUUGGCUUGAAAAUAUUUGGACCAAUAGCUCUUGCGGCACUCCUGGUUCUCAUUCCAGUGAAUGUAUCUGGUGGAACUUUAUUCUUUCUGCGCCGUGACUUGGUUGUCAGCAACAUUGACAAGCUUUCGAUAUCAAACAUUCGUCCCAAGUCUUAUAAGUUUUUUAUCCACAUAUCAAUGGAGUAUUUGUUUACUUUUUGGACUUGCUACAUGCUUUAUAAGGAAUAUGGAAGAGUUGCAUCAAUGCGGUUAAAAUUUUUGGCUUCCCAAGGCAGGCGUGCUGAACAAUUCACGGUUCUUGUUAGGAAUGUGCCACAUGUUUCUGGGCGCUCAAUAUCGGAUAGUAUUGAGCACUUCUUUAAGAGAAACCAUCCAGAUCAUUAUCUCUGUCACCAGGCCGUGUACAAUGCAAAUAAGUUUGCUAGACUUAUCAGAAAAAGAGACCGGCUUCAAAAUUGGCUGGACUACAACCAACUCAAGUCUGAGAGGCAUCCAGAGAAGAGGCCAACUAGCAAGAAAGGUUUCCUUGGACUCUGGGGUAAAAAAGUUGAUUCCGUUGACUUCUACAAAGAGCAGAUUAAGGAGCUUGAUAAAAAAUUGACGAUGGAACGCCAAAGAAUUCUGAAAGACGCUAAAGCGAUCAUUCCUACUGCUUUUGUGUCAUUUAAUUCUAGAUGGGGGGCAGCUGUUUGUGCACAAACACAACAGAGCAACAAUCCCACCUUGUGGUUAACAAAUUGGGCCCCCGAACCCCGCGAUGUAUACUGGAAGAACCUGUCUAUACCAUUUGUUUCUCUUAGCAUUCGGAAACUCGUCAUAUCUAUAUCGGUGUUUGCAUUGGUCUUCUUUUACAUGAUCCCAAUUGCUUUUGUACAAUCAUUGGCAAAUUUGGAAGGGUUGGAGAGGGUUGCUCCGUUUCUUAGGCCGCUGAUCGAAUGGAACUUUGUCAAGUCGUUCCUACAGGGUUUCCUUCCUGGUCUGGCGCUUAAAAUCUUCUUGUACAUUCUUCCUGCAAUUUUAAUGGUUAUGUCAAAAAUAGAGGGACACAUGGCAGUAUCAGUACUAGAAAGGAGAACAGCUGCAAAAUAUUACUACUUCAUGCUCGUUAAUGUUUUCUUGGGGAGCAUAGUGACGGGAACAGCAUUCCAGCAACUUCAUGCCUUCCUUCACCAAUCAGCUACCCAGAUCCCACGAAACAUUGGAGUCUCAAUUCCCAUGAAAGCUACUUUCUUUAUCACGUACAUAAUGGUCGAUGGGUGGGCUGGGAUUGCUAGCGAGAUUCUCCGAUUGAAAUCUCUAGUGAUUUUCCACCUGAAGAACAUGUUCAUUGUAAAAACUGAAAGAGACCUAGAGAAGGCCAUGAACCCCGGAGGCGUUGAUUUUCCCGAGACUCUGCCAAGUCUUCAAUUAUAUUUCCUUCUGGGUAUUGUAUAUAUGGUUGUUACCCCGAUCCUUCUUCCUUUUAUACUGGUCUUCUUUGCCUUCGCAUACUUCGUUUAUCGUCAUCAGGUCAUUAAUGUAUAUAACCAAAAUUAUGAAAGCGCCGCUGCCUUUUGGCCACAUGUUCAUGGGCGCAUAAUAGCAAGCUUACUAAUAUCACAGCUGCUGCUAAUGGGCUUAUUGAGCACAAAAAAAGCUGCAAAUUCCACACCUUUGCUCGUUGUGUUACCUAUUUUGACUUUGACCUUCCAUAAGUACUGCAAGAAUCGCUUUGAACCUGCAUUCAGAAGAUAUCCUCUUGAGGAAGCGAUGAACAAAGACAUGGAAGAUCGUGCUUCUGAAUUCGAUACCAAUUUAAAAUCAUACUUGGCUGAUGCAUACUUACAUCCGAUUUUUAACUCCUUUGAAGAAGUCGAAUUAGUUGAAGUCAGAGUUGAUAAAAGCCAAGUUCACAUUCCGAGUCCUUCUCCGAGUGAUCCUAGCUCUCCCUCCCCUCCUCGUCAUGCCUAUCAGCCUGAACAUGAGCCGUCUCAUGAUGUCAAUCGCUAUGAAGUCGAACAACAUCAAACAGCAUAUCACUAUGACGUUGAAUCAUACAGUAACAUGUUUCAAGCAAGGGAUGAAGAAGCUGGAGAGAUUCCUGUUGCAUUUGUAGUCUGGCAAGAUGGGAAUUCACUCCAACAUAGUGCUAAUGGACUACGUGCCUCAGUAGGUUAUUACCUUGUGCUCAAAGGCGAAGCUAAGAUUGUAGAGUUGUUGGGACAAAUUAAGUGA